CAAAGUGGAGCAAAAAAAGAUGGCUGGAAAACACAGAGACUUUGAUCUCGACUCAGACUUCGAGUACUCCGCCGAAAAGAAACAAAAGACUUGGAGAGAUGAUCCUAUAGCUACACAAAAGGCUCCCGGAAUCUCCCGUGUCCCCACUCAUUCCGUGGCUGUCCCCUCCAAGCAGUUUCUGUCUCAAGAAAGAGACAAAGAAGAAUGGAAAGCCAGAAGAUUCCACUUUCUAGCUAUGGAUGCCUACUCUCGACACAAAACUCUUGUGAACCAGUACUUACUCACUAGCGGUAGGGGGAUUGAGUCUUUCAAACGGUCCACAGCAGGUGAUCGAAACGAUUAUUCUGUACUGCAAGAGGAGCACAAGUUUCUAUGGGAUACGAGUGAUAAACCUGACACAUGGGAGAAAAAAAUGGCCAAAGCUUAUUACGAUAAACUUUUCAAAGAGUAUGCUAUUGUUGAUCUGAGUCGAUACAAGGAGAACGAGGUUGCACUGAGAUGGAGGAUUGAAAAAGAAGUAGUCGAAGGCAAAGGACAGUUUUCCUGUGGAAACAAAACAUGCCUUCAAAGAGAAGAUCUUGAAAGUUGGGAGGUGAAUUUCCGUUACAUGGAGCAGGGUGAAAAGAAAAAUGCUCUAGUUAAGUUACGACUGUGCCCAAAUUGCUCAAGAAAAUUAAACUAUCACCACAAACGAAGAAAAUGGAAGAGCAAAGAUAAGAAAUCCGACAAAUCUAAAAGAACACACUCCUCAAAGCACAAGACCAAGAAACAUUCGCACAAGCAUAAAGCCUCAAAGCAUCAUGGAGAAUCAAACUCGAGUAGUGAGGAGAGCUCAGAAGUUGAAGGAGAUAAAGACAGGAGUUUAGAGGGUGCUGGUGACCAAGGAACCUCAUCUGGUGGUGGGGGUGAGAGCAUCUGGAAGAAGACUGCUGAAGCUUUCCUCGAGAAAUCUCAAGAGGACGAGUUUGAUGAUUAUUUCAAAGACAUGUUAAUGUAGACAUGUUCAUGUAAUUUUUUUCAUGUUUUAACCGUCA